AUGGCUCGACAGCCGAAUUGGUUUUGCACCCCGCUCCCGACUCUGAAAGUGAUGCAAAUCGUUUGCGCUGUUGUAAUCGUACUUUUCUUCCUCGAUGGUCGACAGCAAUGGUGGCCUUAUACUUUCAUUUUUGUUCUCGCCAUUUUCACCAUGAUCGGCAACGCAGUUUUAUUGGCCCUUCACUACUUUGAUGUCGUUCGCACGAACAACGCGGUGCCUUGGCUCACUGUGGAAAUGAUAUGGAAUGGUUUACUUGCCGCGCUCUAUUUGGUGGUGGCGAUCACAAUGUCGGUGGAUUGGUGGAAAAUGAGAAAUGGGCAAUGGAUGCAUCACUCAUAUCUGCCACCGAAAAACAUUGGUCAAACGGGAUGGCAGAGUCGAGUGCUUUGUGUGUUGGUAGUCUCAGUCACAAACGUGAUUCUGUUUAUCCUCCUCUUGAACCGUCUUCGAGUCUACAAAAUUCAA